AAAGUCUCAAUCCCUCCAGUUUUCCAGACACCAAGGAUGGGGGCUGUAGUGCAGCGUCCAGCUCUCCUGCUGCUCUCAAUACUCCUGCCUCUGAUGAAGACCAAGACCCAUAGUGGCGCUGGGUCACACUCGCUGCGGUAUUUCGUAACCACGACAGCGUCUCCAACUGGUCUCCAAGAUCUCAAAGUCUUCGUUGUUGGUUAUGUGGACGACACUCAAAUCCUGCGCUUCGAAAGUGACAUGGCCACUAAGAUGGAACCGCUCGUGCCAUGGGCGAAGCAGAUGGGGAGGGAUUAUUGGGAAUGGGAGAGAAUAGGUCUGGAGAGUUAUUCACACAAAGCCCGAGAAAACGUGCGAUUUGCACUCAGGAUCUAUAACCAGAGCAAUGACGGCUCUCAUACCUUCCAGUGUUUCAUUGGUUGCGACGUGGGUCCAGACCGACUCUUCCUCCGUGGGCACUAUAGACAUGCCUUUGAUGGCCGUGAUUACAUCAGCCUGAACGAGGACCUGAGAACUUGGACUGUGGCAGACAGGACGGCUCAGAUGGCCCAGCGAAGGUGGGAGGAAAAAAAGGUAGCACAGGACUGGAGGCUCAUCUUGGAGGGCCAGUGCGUUGCUUGGCUACUCAGACACCUGGAGAUAGGGAAGGAGACUCUGCAGCGCUCAGACCCUCCAAAGACACAUGUAACUCAUCACCCCAGACCUGAAGGUGAUGUCACCUUGAGAUGCUGGGCCAUCAGAUUCUACCCAGCUGAGAUCACCUUGACCUGGAAGAGGGAUGGGGAAGACCAGACCCAGGACAUGGAGCUGGUGAACACCAGGCCUGCAGGUGAUGGAACCUUCCAGAAGUGGGCAGCUGUGGUAGUACCUUCUGGAGAGGAGCAGAGAUACACAUGCCAUGUGCAGCAUCAGGGGCUGCCUGAGCCCCUCACCCUGAGAUGGGAGCCACCACCUCCUUGGCCCACAAUUGGAAUGACUGUUGGUGUGGUUCUCCUUGGAGUUGUGGUCACUGGAGCUGUGGCUGCCAUUGUGAUGAUGAGGAAGAAAAGUGCAGCAUCUCACACUGUAUCCCAGGCUGGCUUGGGAAUCACUAUGUAGCUCUGAUGGUUAAUCUUCAUUGCCAACUUGAGUGGAUUAGAAUCUCCUUGGAGAUUCAAUUCUGGUCAUAUCUGUAAGAGUGUUUCCAUAGAUUAAUUAAGGAUGGAAGGCCCACCCUGGGGCCCAAGGAUAAAAUGAAGAACAGAAAAAAGCCAGAUGUGAGGAUGCCUCCACACUGCUUCCUGAUCUACUAAAGUUGGAGGAAUCCCAGCCACAUGCCCCUGCUGCAAUUUAUUCCAUCAUACCUUAUGCUGAGAUUGACUGAACCUUCUGAAAUCAUGAAUCAGAAUCAAUCUUUCUUCCUUUAAGUUGCUUCUGUUGGAUAUUUUGUCACACAAUUUAAAAAAAGUUAAUAAUAAAAAUCCAUAUGGCAUUGAAAUAACUGCAAUCCUCUUUCCCCAGCCUGGAGUGUUAGAAUUACAUAUAGGUGCUAUGGGAUGGUCUGUAUGUCAAAUUGCUCUGAUUGGUCAAUAAAUAAAACACUGAUUGGCCAGUGGCUAGG